AUGCCAGAAGUAAGCGAAAUUGACAAGUGUAGAGCGAAGAGAAAAGUCGCGAAAGCUAGCGUGACAAGAAAUAUGAAUCGUGUCAGAGAGCUGAUCUCUAGCGAUGGAAGUGUUUCGAAAGUCCGACAGUUUGCCAAAGGUGUAGAAGAAGGUCGUACAAAAGCCCGUGACCUUACGAAAGAACUGGAAGAGCUUGAUCCAGCGUCAAUUGAGACUGAUGGUGGCUGGUUAGAAGAGGUAGAAUUUGAUGUCAACGAAGUCCUGGGAGAAGUUGCUGAAUAUUUGUUAAAGUCUGAGAGCCCAUCGCCAAACGAACAGUCUAGUAUUACACCACCAACUGCUCAGAAUAAUGAUGAAAAUACUGAAACUGUGAACGAUUCAAUGUCUGGGAAAAGAACUGGUCUGAAAGGUGUUGAAAUCCCAUCAUUCGAUGGAAAACCAGACAAGUGGCCGUACUUUUGGGGAAUAUUUAGUUCUCUUGUCCAUAAAAACAAUAAACUAACGCCAGCAAUCAAGCUAGCUCAUCUGAAUAGCUGUUUAACGGACAGAGUACGUGAAGUUAUUGCAUGCCUGACCGGGGAGCCUGGGGACUAUGACAGGGCGGUGAAACAACUCACUGAUAGGUAUGGGGACCCCCGAGAAAUUAUAGAUGCCCAUUUGCGCAGAAUAAGUUCUUGGCCCCACAUUAAGGAUAAGGAUCGUGAAGAAUUUCAACGCUUUGCAGAUGCAUUACAAGCAGCUGUGUUUGCACUAGAUAAACCUGACUAUAGGCAUGAAUUAGCUAGUAUACCUCUUUGUACCUUGUUGGUUCAAAAACUCCCACCUAGAGAAAGGGAUGAAUGGGUAAAACAGGUUGAGAGUGAAGAUUACUCGGAAGACAUGAAGGGUUUAGCCAAGUGGGCCCAAGUUAGAGCCAAAACCAUGCGUAAACGUGAGCGAUACAAUAUUGAGCCGCCAGAUAAGGGUAAAGAGUCAACUAAUUUUCAGCCACCAAGUCGCAUGCGAGGUAGGGUCCAUGCUCUACGCACAUCUGGAUUUGAUCCAGAACACCAAAGUUUAAAAAAUUGUCCAUUGUGUGAUAAAAAACACACUGAAGUCUCAUGCCCUUUGUUUUUUGAUAGUUCUGUUGAGAAACGUUGGGAAAUUGUAAAAAAUAAAAGG